CAAUGUUAUGAUCGUGUGGCGUGUGCUGCAAACGAGGUAGACCAAAAUCUCAUUUGGUUACAGUUUAACAUUGCUCACUUUUUCUAGUUAGACAUAGUGUUUCAUGUCAAAUUUGCUUUAUUGUAUUUCGCUUGGUCAAACCUAUCAAACGGGAAGAAGGCUGUUACAUUUCCGCAUUUACACAAUUGACUCAAUUCUCCCAGGCUAUUGACUGAUGGUAUGAUGCAUAAUGGACAACAUGACCCUUAAAGAAAAGCGCAAGGAACAGAAGCGUAAAAAAAUUGCAGCCCUCUUAGAAAUUUCUGAUUUAAAUAAAAAGGAUAGAGAGACAAUAAUGACUCCUUCAUAUACCGAAGCAAGUUCUGAAGAACCACAACAAAAGAAAAUGAAAUUAACUGGCCCUUCACAAGAAGAUAUCAGUGAGGAUAACUCUAAACCUAAGUAUUCAGAAAAAGAAUUAGAGGAAUUACGCAAACUUCUAAAACAGCGUAACAGAGAAAAAAAGAAAACACCAUAUCUCUCUCUAAAAGAACCCACUGGUUUCCAAGCAGAACUCAAUGUAUCACCUACUGACAGAGUACCAAUAUUUUUCUCAGACAUUCAACACUUUGUAUUAUUCUCUACCUUAGCUCAAAAUUCACCUUUUAUACCCAGAUGGUGCCAGUUGGACAAAUGUGGCCAUUUAACUGCAGUUCAAAUCCUAUUCAUUGAGGGAGCUGGUAUCAGUGAUUACCUCCAAUGUGAAGAAAGUCUGACCUCUUUGUCAAAGUCGAAUUUUCCUUUUCAUCUUGAAGUGGUAAUGCCCUCUGCAUAUGGAGGCAACCUAAUUGAGGAGUUUUGUGCUAUUCCAUUGUCUCGCAACCAAGGAAACAAUAUAAUUCAAGCAUAUGGUUCUUUAGAAAAGGCAGUGAAUUCGAGUUGUGAGGUGUUCAAAGUACUGCGUGCAUUUUUUCCGGUGAAUGGAAACAAUCCCUCUGAAAGUUCAUCUGAAACAAGUAGUUUAAAAAAUGGAAAUAAGAGUGUUUCUGAUAAAAAAUCUGGAAAUGAAGCUCCAUCUCAACUUCCUGUACCAGAAACAUUGCCUCAAACUGAUAAGUUCCCUAGAACUCAUUUGCUGCUUUCAGCAUGGCAAAUGAUUGAAGAAGGGUAUCCAAUUCCAUUAAAUGCUGCUCUUAAAGAAAAGUUUAAAGAUUUUGUUGCCACAAAGCCCAUCUAUAAAGAAGUUAACAACUUUUCUCCAAUGUAUGCUGUGGACUGUGAAAUGUGUACAACCUCAAUUGGUAAAAGUGAAUGCACAAGAGUUUCAAUUGUCAAUGAAAAACUUGAGACGGUUUUAGAUACGCUAGUUUUACCCCCUAACAAGAUUACUAACUACCUCACAAGGUAUUCAGGAAUCACUGCUGCAAUGAUGAAGAAUGUUACUACAAGGUUAGAAGAUGUUCAAAAAUUUAUCCAAGAAAACCUUGAGUCUGAUGCCAUUCUUGUUGGUCAAUCAUUAAAUUUUGAUUUAGUUGCAUUACAGAUGAUGCAUCCCUAUUGUAUUGAUACUAGUGUAAUCUUCAAUGUGACUGGAGAUCGAUACAGAAAAUCAAAACUCAGAUAUCUCUCUGAACAUUUUCUGAAAGAAUCAAUCCAAACAGGCAACCAAGGACAUUGUUCUGUUGAAGACUCAUCUGCCUCACUCAAACUGGUUCAACUUAAACUGUCAAAAAGUCUCGAAUUUGGCGAUCAAGUUCUUUCAGUUCACGGAAUGAACAAGCACAAAAACUCUGAAACUAAUGAGAAAGUGGAUCUAUCUGGAUAUGCAACCAGUCUCUUUAGUUAUGCUACUCAAAUGGGAAAACAUGCAUCUAUUUUGGCUGGACCUGAAAUUGUGGAAAAAUAUAUGGAUUAUCUCAAUCCAAGGAUAGCAUCUUAUGAACAAGUCAACGAUGAUGGUUCUUGCAAAACUAUUGCAAAAGACGAAACCUCUGAUACUGGACGUGUUACUUGCGUGAUUUCUGCAUCCAAUCAAUCCAUAGUUGAUGGAGCUUCAUCCAAAGUAUUUGAUAAUUUCCUCACUAUUGGACACAUUAAAUUAACGGAGAAGGAAAGUGCUGCCUUGGCCUCUGCUGAGGAGAAAAUAGUUACAAAGUUGAAUAAUUGGAUAUCUCAUAUGCAGAAAUCUGCCUUGUUAAAUAGCCUUUCAAUAGUUGUUCUAUGUGGCAGAGAGAGGUCAUCCAAUGGUGUAUGUUUUAUAAAUUUACAUAAAAAAAAAUUUGAGCGAAUACAAUACAAACCUGGCGAUUCUCUAAAGUAACUAAAAUUGAUUGCACAAAUUUCCAGUUAUUAAUUUCUGUAUGUAGUGUGUUACUUUUUGCCUAGUCUUUAAGGACAGUUCUAAAUAAACAUAAUUUAAACAAAAUCUUCACAAAAUCA